AUGACGAGACCAUAUUGGUACAGACAAUUCACUGAGCAUGGCUUUGCGGUCAUUCCAUCGGUAAUCCCUUACACUAAAGCUCUCGAGUAUCAGCAAAAGGCCUUCGCGUGGCUCAAGUCCUUCGACAACGCCGCGUUGGAUCUAGCAGACCCCACAACAUGGACCCCCGACAAUCUGCCAUUCAUUUCCGGAAUCAACACAGUGAACCAUUACGGAGUUGUGCACGAGAAGUUCAUGUGGGACAUACGCCUGGAACCAGGCGUGAUCGACGUCUUCGCGAACGUAUGGAAUACCCGCGACCUUAUCGUCUCCUUUGAUGCCCUGAACAUCACACUUCCAAGACGCCAAGGUCAUAUUCCCAGAAAAAAGUGGCCUCAUGUCGACCAGAGCCCAUACAGACAAGGCCUAGAGUGCGUUCAGGGCAUAGUGAACCUCUCAAAGGCUGGCAUCGAGGACGGCGGAUUGACGGUAUACCCGGGAACGCACAAGAUCACCGAGUCGUUUUUCAGAGAGCAUACCGACAAGUCGGAGUGGACGCGAAAAGACUUUUUCAACUACACGACUGAGCAGAUUGCAUGGUUCGAGAAGGAAGGCUAUCGGGAGCAGAAGGUUGUCGCGGAACCAGGUGAUUUGAUCAUCUGGGAUUCGCGACUGAUCCACUUCGGGGCCGAGCCAACAUCAAAGAGCAAUACCAUACGGACCAUCACAUAUGUGUCGUAUGCUCCUGCAUCUUUUGCGACGAAGGCAGCCCUCGAAGCCAAGAAGAAAGCCUUCGACGAGUGGCUGGCUACGACGCAUUGGCCUCAUGACAACAUUGUUCCGAGGACAAAUCAGCCAACCCUGCCGGAUGGGACUGUUGACAAUAGAAGAAUGGAGCCGUUGGAGAAACCUGAGCUUACUCCAGAGUUGCUGAGGCUGGCGGGGGUUGAGGCAUAUUAA